AUGCCCCCGCCGAAUCCCCCACCGAAUCCCCCACCCUACGACACGUCCAUAUUCGGCACAUAUCUCCCACCCUCAGCGCGCCACGGCGUCCAAGCAGCCCGUCGUCUGCCGCACAACUCCGGCCCCAUGUUCGACCCCCACACCCGGAUCAACCAAGCAAUUGAUUCACUAUGCGCAUUCCGCCACUCCAUGACCGAGCUCGAGACCAACCACCGCAACGCCCUCGAGGCCAAGGACGCUGAGAUGGCAACCCUCCAGCAGCGUUUCGAGACCAAGAACGCUGAAAUGGCAACCCUACAGCAGAACUUCACACGACUAAACACACUGCAAAGGAACACCAAGGCUCGAAUCGACGACAAAGUCCUAUUGCAGGGCAAACUGCAAAACGACAUAAAGAUAUUGAAGCGGGAACUCGCGGCCGAGAAGGCGAAGAAAGGUGUUGUCGACCACGAUAUGGAGAAGCGGGUUAUCGAGGUGAGACAGCAGAACGCUUUGUUGACUGCUAAGGUGUUGGGGCUCGAGAAGGAGCUUGCGGAUGAGAGGGCGAGGGGGAAGGAGAAUGGGAAUGCGAAGCGCGAGUUGGAGGUUAUGAAGAGGAAGUUGGCGGAUAUGGUAAAGGGUGGGAAGGUUAAGAUUGAGGUGGUUGGGUAG